UCGAAGAUGAAUGGUGUGGAAAGGUGCUGAAGCACGCUGAAAACCUCAAUGCUAUCAUGGAUAGCUGAAGAAGAGCAUACACACGUACGAAUACCUUGGUAGACCCCUUUCUGUACGAUGUCGGCGACGUCGUUGACAAUGCGGAAUGCAGCCCUGAGUCGACGAAACGAAAGAGGACGCGACGUUUGCAGUCUGCACGCCACCACGACGACGACAAACGCGUACGUGGAUGGCAUUCCCCACUUACCUACCCCACAUCCUCUAUUCAACCGCCCUCACGUCUGUCUCCAUCCACCUCCUCUGGAGACGAAAGGCUUUUGAGGACGAUCGAGCCAGACACAAUGCACAAAUAACGAUCCUAGAAGAUCUCGCACGUCAACUACGUUCUGGCUCGUCCGACAUCACGGAUGAAGAGGUGGAUAGACUGAGGAACUUGGUUCGGGUACAUCAAGGUACGAGCGAAGCUGUAGGAGGCGUGCAAGAGAACAGAAUGAGCUGGAGGGACGUGUUUUGGGGUAAAAAGGCACUGGCGGAUGAUCAUAGCAAGGCGGACGAGUGGGAGCGGAAAGAUUUGGAACAACUUCGUGAAGAGUUCACCAAGAGAACGUGAAACCUAUGCAUUCACCGCGACCAAAACGUUAUCGUUAAUAUACAUCUACAAGACGUCUCAAUACAAUUGGCCUUUUCAUGCCGUUACAACUAUGUGAACGGCCGACAACGAUGCAGGAGCAUGAAUCAAAAGCG